ACUAAGCUAAAUUGUAAGCACAGGACAUUUCUCAAUUUAUUGACCGGUAUGCAGCUAUUGUGAUUAAAACAAUGACCGCUGAAGUGGGGAAAAGUGAACAGUUGAUAUUUAACAUCAAGAGAUUGUCAAUUGCCAGUAGAAAUAAAAGGUCGUGAGAGAAUCCACGCCCCAUGUAGCGCGCGAUGAGGGCGAUCGUGCUGCUGUGCCUGCUCACGCGCGCCGCUGCGGACGCGCAAGCUGUCCAGCGGUACUUUGCCGCGCGCAGGACGAGCCCCGGCGCCGCGCCCGUCCGCGCCGGCUACGUGUACCGACAAACGCUCAAUGGACCCGCAACUAUCCAAACUUUCCAUACUCUACACUCCGAUACCGAGGGCAAAGGUAGCGCUGUGGAAAACGCGACCGAUUCAGAAGCGAACAAACUCAAAGAAAAGUCUACAGAGUCUUCAAAAGAAAUCAAAAGCAAUAUAAUGACGAGCAAAGGACCGAUGAUGACGUCCAAAAACAGCAUCUCGUUCAGUGAACACAAACUUUGGCCGGAAACAGAUGCAACCGGAAAACUCAAGCUUGCGGCGAGCAGAGUGCUGAACAGUUACAUAUUUCGUGCCGAUGAUGAAGACAUACGCACUGGUUUUAGGAAUCCCUUCGACAUCUGGCCUUUCCCUUAUCAAAAGCUAUAUGAACCCAAGAAAGAUCUAGACGUCGAGAAGGUGAAAGAUAAACGGUCUGCGAUUCCAAAGCUCGAAAAAGUUAUACCGGUUCACGAAAAGGUCGACGAAACGACUGACGACCGACAUUCCGAGAACAAAGACAAUUCCACGCAAGAUUACAAACACACUAAUGCAGCGACGACUGAUAAACCAAUUUUUGGCAAUCAACCGUUUUCCUCGUACGCUCCAAAUGACUACUUCGAUAAAACUGACGAAGAUGACCUGAUUACAUUUAAAGGACACCCUUGGGGGAAAGAGUUCGACCAGGAAAUGGGUUUACAAAACAUCGACGAUUACGCUAAGCGAGUGAGACGCUUAGAGGGAAAUUCCCCUAAAGCUAAUAGUAAUAGGGAAGAGAACAAGAAGAAAAUGAUUACGCUCACGGAACACGAUGCAUCACGCGAGUCAUUGAAUAGCAAGGGCCGCGAUUCUCAUCGCGAAGCGGAGUCUAGUGAGAAGCGGGAUGACAGCGAGCACAGCUACGACGGUAUGCACCAGUAUGACGGAGACCACUAUAGAGGCUUCAAAGAUUUCGCAGAUUCUUUUGCGCACAGAUUCGGUUCAGAAGACCACAACAGAGAGGCUAACUACGCCAAGAAAAAUAAUGCAAAUAAAGGUGAGAAAAAGAAAGGAUUUCGUACGAUCCAUCAUAAGGACGAAUAUCAAGAACACCACGACUUUUUCGAUAACACGGGUAAUAGUGAAAAUGCUGACGAGAAAGGUUCUUCUAAAGUUCAUAUCGGAGGCUCGGAGGCACUUCUGCGUUCCUCGGCAGGCGCGGCGGCGGGAAGCGAUGUGAAUAAAUUACGCAACGCUGAAAAUAUUGAGAGAAAUCAGUAUGAAAGAAACCAUGAAGACAAACAACGAUACAACGGGAUCGAACGGGAACUUGACCACUACAGAGACGUGGCCAAACAUACAGCACUCAGCGACGACGAAGAUUAUGUGGACCGCUAUAUGAUAUGAGUAGGUAUCUGCGCUAGGUUUAUUUUCUUAGUAUCGCCGAUGCAACAUUUUUUAAGUACCUAUAUAGUUGAUAGACAUUAAGGACUAAAAAUACAAAAAUAGAGGCUUUUAUUUUAUUUCUAG